UGCACUCUCAGAUCUUCAGUGUUUAUGUGCGUCACUCUCUCUCCCUUUUAUUAGUAAUGCUUUGGUUUUCCAGUGGAGGACGAUGAGCGGAUCUGUGCUCCUGUAGGUCGCUUACGAUGUUUCAUGUCUCGUUUGUGUGUGUGUCUUUAGUUCCAGUGUUGAUUUUAUAUGGAAAGAUUGAGAUAGUCCAGGGAAAAGCAUCUAAACUGUGGCUGCAGCCGCUCAACGAGACGUUCCUGCAGACUGGUCUGUUUCCCAGCGGGUUUCUGUGGGGUGUUGGGUCCGCGGCGUUCCCGACCGAAGGAUCCUGGGAUGUGGAUGGGAAGGGCGAGUCGGUUUGGGAUCGCUUUACCCAUCACACGGAUCCAUCCAGUGAUAGCUACAUCCAAUGGGAGGAGGAUCUGAAGUCAGUUCAGUAUCUAGGUGUGAACUUCUAUGCUUUUUCUUUAUCCUGGACACGGAUUUUCCCGGAUGGCGACGCCACGGGGAAACCCAACCCAGCCGGAGUGCAGCAUUACCGCCGUUUGAUCAGGAAGCUGAAGGAGCUUCAGGUGGAGCCGGUCGUGACUCUGUUUCACUGGGAUUUCCCGCAGGUCCUGCAAGAGCGAUUCGGAGGCUGGCUGAACCAAAGUACAGCCGAUGUUUUCGCAGAUUAUGCUGCGUUUUGCUUCCGAACGUUCGGUGCCGAGGUCCGCUACUGGAUCACGAUGCAUAACCCGUUUCUCCUGGCCGUCCAGGGCUAUGGGACCGGUGCUCACGCUCCCGGAGUGACCGGAGACCCCGCUGACCCUUUCAUCGCCGCACACAACCUCCUCAAGGCUCAUGCUAAAGCGUGGCAUGUUUACGACAAACACUUCAGACCCCAUCAGAACGGUAAAGUCUCCAUCACGCUCGGCUCUCAUUGGGUGGAGCCUCUUCACGGCCAGGCCACGCCCACCAACGUGGAGCUCUGUCAAAAGGCCAUGGAGGCUGUGAUUGGCUGGUUCGCCGAGCCCAUAUAUGGAAGUGGAGAUUAUCCCGAGUCGCUGAAGGCCUCGCAUCGCGGCGUAAUCCCAGAGUUCAGUGCGCAGGAGCGGCUCUGGAUCAAGGGCACCGCAGACUUCUUCUCUCUGGCCUUCGAGCGGGACACGCUGAGGGCGGGUCAAGGACUGGCCCGGUUCGGGCAGACGGUGAAGCUGGACCUGAGAAGUGUUCUGGUCUGGGUCCAGCAAACUUACGGUGAUCCGCAGGUGCUGGUGGCAGAGAACGGAUGGUUUACUGAUGCUUCUGUUGGAGUCGAGGACACUGUGAACAUUUAUAUGAUGAAGAGGUUUAUCUUACAAGUCAUGCAAGCCGUGUCUGUAGAUGCAGUGCGUGUGUUCGGAUACACGGCCUGGAGUCUGUUGGAUGGGUUCGAGUGGAAUCACGGUUACAGCAUUCGGAGAGGUUUAUUCUACAUCGACUUCAGUAAAGCUGAGCGCCACAGAUUCCCAAAGACCAGCGCUCACUUUUACAGACGGCUGGUCAGAGACAACGGCUUCCCACCCGAAAACAGGCCACACAUCGAGGGACAAUUCCCCUGUGACUUCCAGUUCGGUGUGUCCGAGUCAGUAUUACAGGUGACGAAACAGGAAAAAACACUUCAUCUGUAUUAUUUUAGCAGUUUCCAUUCACAUUCUGCUUUAUUCUACAGAACAGUGGUGUACCGCUGGAAUCUGUCGGGUGACGGCGCUCUCACACCCGUCACGGGAGUCCUGCUUCACAAGCGGCCGGCGCAGUGCACGGACUUCCUGUUCAUCCAGCGGCACCUCUUCCUGCUGGGGGUCACAGGGUCGUCACACUACCGCUUCGCUCUGGACUGGACACAGCUCGCGCCCGGCGGUGACCCGGCGUCUGUGGACCCGGAGAAGGUUCGGUUCUACCGGUGUGUGUUGAUGGAGCUCCAGCGCAGAGGAAUCCGGCCAGCCGUGAUGCUGUAUCACCCCAGCUACCGCUCGCCCUCGCUGGGUUUGCCUGAACUGCUGCACGCUAACGGUGGAUGGAGAAACACUAGCGUUGUGGAGGCGUUCGUCGAUAUGCCAUGUUUUUGCUAUAGGGAAUUUGGAGCCUUGGUGUCGACAUGGAUCACCAUUAAUGAGCCAAACCGGUUAAAUGAGGCAUAUGCCGAGGAAUGGCAAACAGUGGCACGUCACUUGCUAUUAGCGCACGCGAAGGCGUGGCACAUUUAUGAUGCGCAGUUUAGACAAAAACAGGGUGGGGCUGUUAGUUUAGCUCUCCAUGCAGAUUGGGUUGAACCGGCCAAUCCGUUUUUAGAAUCUCACAAAUCCGCCCAGCAACAGUUUUUGGUGUUUGAACUGGGUGUUUUUCUCGACCCUCUGAUUGGUGGAGGGAGCGAGGGGCGUGGCAACACACAGAUUGGCUUCUCCGACGACGAGAGGGCGGAGCUUAAAGGGGCGCUGGAUUUUGUCGCUCUUAAUCACUUCACAACGCGUUUGGUGUUGUCAUGUAAACACCCGAAGCCGCUGAACCUGGAGCACGGCUGCGCGCUGAUGACGGAUGCCACCUGGCCAGUGUCGAACCUGGGACAGGCGCUCGUGCCCUGGGGCCUCCGCAGGAUGCUGGGAUGGGUGAGGAAUCGCUAUGGCGACCAUCGCCCCAUCAUCGUCAUGGCAACAGGGGUGGACGAUCAAGCAGUUCAUGAUGACCAGCUGAGACAGAGCUAUAUCCGGAGCUACCUGCAGGAGGCGCUGAAAGCUCGUGAGUUGGAUGGCAUCAAUCUGAAAGGGUUUUAUAUCUGGAAGCUUCAGGACCAUCAUGAUCUCCAGUUCGGUCUCUUCUUCUGCUCCGCCUCUUAUCUCUCUAGACAAAGCGUCUGUGAGUGUGUCAGUGUGUGUGGGGAUAUUCUCUCCGCGCGUGUUUUUGUGUGUGCCGCUGACCAGUUGACUUUGUGGUGCUGGGACAAUGGGACGAGCUGCGAGCUCUGCACACGGAUCGCGGAGAACAAGCCGCUGCUGUUCUUCAGCGUGUGUGUGUCUGUCAGCAUGUCCAUGCUCGGCGCGCUCAUCAUGAGAAUAAUUUAUGUGUUUGGUUUCCGUAGUUUUAUGAUUAUUGGCACGUGGGAGCUAUUACACAUCUCCUGA